AUGAACCUUCCCGCGCACUGGUUCUGGGGCGGCAAAUCCUACAGCGACGACGAACUUUCUGAGCUCCUCCGAAUAACCCGCUUCCAGCCAAACCCGCCCCCCAUCGCACCUCCGCCCCGGCGCGACGAGAAAAUAGCUGUUGCGCGGUACCGUGCACUACGCGAACGUAUCCACGAGGGCCCGCUGUACACUGUCCUUGGCGACCACUCGCGCGUCAGCAAGCGCGGCGCCGUCGCCUCGUCCGCCGUCGUGGUCGACCCCUUCGAAGGCAUGCCCACCUACGGCCAGAAGUACAAGAAGCAGCGCCGCAAGAUUCCGCGCCUGGAUACCAGACCUUACAUAAUGCGUUUUUUCCCCGAAGAGCUCUGGACGACGCUCGAUCCUACGACCAAACCCGGCGCCAAUGCCGCCGCCCUCAAGAAGCGCCGCAAGAUGCUCAAGAUUGCUCUAUCCACUAAGCUCACCCGCCUCGAGGAGCUCGAAGGCGAGGACGGUGAGGGCCUGGGUCGCGACGACGACGAAGACCUUGACAAGGACGAGGAUGAGGACACUGGUCCGCAUGAAGAAGAGGAGCAGGACGACGACUUCGAAGAGGACGAAGACGAUGACGACGAUUACAACGCCGAGAACUACUUCGAUAACGGCGAGGACGAUGAAUAUGGCGAUGAGGGCGGUGGUGGAGGAGAUGACUACGAUUUUUAA